GACGAUUGGGCAGGGUUACUGCCGCUUGCACAGUACGCCUACAAAACGGCAACCCAAGAGUCCACUAAAGUAUCUCAGUUCUACGCGAACUAUGGGUUCGAGCCUGAUUCCAAUUGGCAUUCGCGCAGAAGGAAGCUGGACAAUGCCAAUGUUUCCAGCGCCGUACUAAAGUUCAAGUGGAAAGCUCUUUGGAAAACUAUGAGGACUGAUAUUUUUAAGGCACAGGCCCGGCAGAAGAAAUGGUAUGACCAGAAGCAUAUGAAACCUCCAGAACCUGAAGAUGGGGAUAAGGUGAUGAUGGACCGACGCAAUAUGGUUGCCAAUCGACCCUCAAGCAAGCUUGACUACAAGAAACUAUGUCUCUUUGAGGUUGAUGAGAAACUUGUUGUUGCGUUAUAUAGGCUGAAGCUUCCCUCUCAAUGGAACAUUCAUGAUGACUUCCAAAUAUUUCUGCUGGAGUCCUAUCGGGGACUAAGAUACCCUCAACGCACUGAAGUCCCUCCUACUCCAGAUGAGGUCGAAGGAGAAUACAGUUACGCUCUCCAAGAAAUAGCUAAUAGCCGAUGGCAACACGUUGGGCAUUAG